AUGGCUGAACCAUCGAAUAAUACAGCCAAACCAUCAGCUUGGUCCAAGACCAAGCUUGGCGGCAAAGCGGCUUUUGAUAAAGGAUGGGCUGCGUUUGAGAAAUUGGGAGGACCAGUUAACAAGCUCACGAAUAAGAUUGGAUCUGAGGCUUUCUGGCCAACAGGCAUGGAAAAAGAAUGCGAGAAGGCUGCUCGAAUCCUCAAAUCAUUCUGUAAGGAUGGAUUCAUGGCGGAGCAACAGAAAGAUGCAUCACAAGACUCAGAGACUAAGAAGAAGGUCCAAGACGGCCCCAGCAAGCCACCGAAAGUCCUUGUCAAGAUCCCUCAAAAGGUCAUCAAGAACUGUGUCGGUCUCGCGAUUUACACCACCAUGCGCUCUGGAUUGUGGGUAUCCGGUGCGGGUGGAUCAGGCGUUUUGAUUGCCAAGAAUGAGAAUGGCCAAUGGUCACCACCAUCCGGAAUUCUCGUUCACACUCUAGGUGUAGGUUUUAUGGCCGGAAUUGAUAUCUAUGACUGUGUCAUUGUUAUCAAUGACCGCAAGGCUCUCGAAGCAUUCAGUAAAUUGCGUGUCUCUCUCGGUGGCGAAAUAUCCGUCGUGGCUGGCCCUGUUGGAAGUGGUGCCAUUUUAGAAAGUGAGCUAUUGAAAAGUAGGAAGCCGUUGUUCUCCUACAUGAAGAGCAGAGGUCUAUAUGCGGGAGCACAGGUUGAUGGAACCAUAAUCAUCGAGCGCAACGAUGAAAAUGCAAGAUACUAUGGGGAAAAGUUGCCGGUAGCACAGAUUCUACAAGGAAAUGUUCCAUCCCUUCCACCAACCGCUGAGUUAUUGAUGGAGGUUGUAAAGGAUGCAGAAGGAAGACCAAACUUAAAUCAAGCGGUCUUACAGCAAGUUUACGAUAAGCCAGCACCGGCGGAUGUCGAGAUUAUAAAUUCAGGAGAGGCUAGUGAGGACGAGAAGAAAAAGUUCGGAAACCCGAACACGGCCGAAGGUUAUGCUAUGCAGCAACAAUUGCACGGAUAUCAACAACAGCAGUACCCAGGAUAUACUCAGGGUAAUGAUUCUUACUAUCCCCCGCCUCCUCCAGGACCACCACCUCAACAGGAUCAUACUCAAAAUCCUCCGGCUUACUCUCAAAAUCCGUCCAACUUUCCACCGCAGCAGGCAAGCGGUGCAACUGAACAAGGCUAUUAUGCACCCGAGAAACCACCUCGUCCAACCUGA